UCCCGGGGCCGGUCCCGGGGCGGCGGCAGGCGGCGCUGCGCCCCUUUGCGCCGGUACCGGGGCCGCUCCGCUCCCGCCGCCCCCGCCCAGCCCAGCCUCGCACCGAGCCGAGCCCAGCGCUACCGGCGCCGCUGCGCCUGGCGAUGCCAGCGCCCCCCGGUCGCACCGGCCCGCGGAGGCGGCGCUGACCGGCGGACGGCGGCCAUGGGCAGCGGCGGCCCCGGCCCGCACGGACGGCACCGACAGAUGCCCUGAUGUCUGCCCCGUGCAGAGCCCUGACCUCCCCGGGGGUGGCAGAUGUGCAGGCGCUGGUGUGAAUCCCCAGUAAAAGAAUGAGUGAGAGAGACAUACAAAGCCUGAGCAAAUGGGUUUUCGUGCUCACUCUCUGCCUUACCACGCUGUGGGGAAGACUGACGCUGGCCUCCACCCACCACAGAAGCCAUUCAGUGCACGUGGAGCCUGGCACCUGUGAGGUGAUCGCAGCUCACCGCUGCUGCAACAAGAACAAGAUCGAGGAGCGCUCGCAGACGGUGAAGUGCUCCUGCUUCCCGGGGCAGGUGGCAGGGACCACUCGGGCAGCUCCCUCCUGUGUGGAUGCCUCCAUCGUGCUGCAGAAGUGGUGGUGCCAGAUGGAGCCGUGCCUGGACGGGGAGGAGUGCAAGGUUCUGCCUGACCUCUCAGGCUGGAGCUGCAGUAGUGGCAACAAAGUGAAGACGACCAAGGUCACUCGGUAGCCUCCGUGCCAGGACCAGCACAGGUCCCCAGUGCUCUGCAGCGCUGUGAGCAGCAGGAUGUGACCCAGCUGGGUGGUGCCCGUGGCUGUGGGACGCUCCAGGGCUGUGCCAGAGGCUGGAUCAGAGCAUCCACUGAGCCCUCACUUCCCUGGGGGCUGCAAGUGUGGAAGCCAAGCACAGCUGCAAGGCUCCUGGCACUCCAGGGUCCCCUCCUCCCCCGUGGACACCGACCAAGAAAUAGGCUUCUCCUCCCUUCCUCUUGAAUAAACUCCUGCAGUCAUGUCAGAGCUGUUGGCAGUGCACAGACAGACAGCAGGUCCUCAGGUGGGCUUUGCUCCAAGGCAGCUGCAGUCACUGCUGUGCCAGCUUUGCCCAGGAUGCAGAACCAGGAACGGGGAAGUCGAUGGCUGUGUGGAACCCUCCCACUUCUGCUCACAGCUCUUGGUCAGAUGGAUCCCCAGGAGCAGGCACUGAGCUCCAGUCUGACCUCAUGUCACCUGGGGGCUGGGGUCUGCUCUGAGCCCCACUGUGCUUUCCCUGCCCACGGCCUGGCUGCUGUGCCCACAUGUGGUGGAUGCGUCGGUGUGGCCAGGGCUGCCUGACGCCUCAUCAGCCCUGGGGAUGGUGAAAGGUCUCCAUGGAGCUUUCUGCUGCUUUCUCCUUCUUCCACAAUCAUCAGGCUGCCAGCCCAGUGUCUGCUCUCCACCCUGCCAGCUCCACCACUCAGCUGCUGCUUGUGUUUACAGUCAAAUACAGACCAAGGUGUGGGGGAAGCCUUCUCCUGUCCACAGCUCUGGUGGGCCUGACGCUGGCAUGUGCCCAGCCACAAAGCCUGACUGAGCCAAGCUCUGCUGCAUUCAUUCCUGUGAAGAAACACCAACCAGUACCAGCUCCUGGCCAGGAGCUCCUGACCUUUCUCAAGACCAUUUCCCCUGGCAUGGCAGCUCGAGGUGGAGAUGAUGGAAGCCCUGAGGUCCCAGCAGUGGCAGGGCUGGGGACACAGGGCUGGCGUUGCUGCACUGGUGAGGCUGAAAGCACAAGGGAUGAGCAAGAGCAUUGCUGCAGGGAGCAGGGCCAAGCCCUCCCCAGGGGCCCCAAGCUUGCUCUGUGACCCAUGUGAGGGAUGUGCCAGCUUGGGAAGGGCCAGGGGCUGGAGCCAGUGCAGGGGUUGGCAGCACAGCGUGGUGCUGGGGACACUGGUGCCCCUGGUGGGACUUGGCACUGAGAGGUUUUUGUAACAGGGCAGGCAAUACCUGCCCCAGGUGUGAUGUAAAUACCAGGCUGUGAAAUAAUAAAUCCAUUUUAAUCUCUGCAAAGGAUCUUUUGCUCCUGCAGCAAG